GCAGUCUGAAACACCUGCAGAUUCGAUGCAGUUCGUGCUGGCUUUAGAACACAAACAAUUGUUACAGGAAUAUCACAGAGGCAAGUCCUACUGGAAAUUCCGGAGAUAGCAUAGCCACUGUAAAAAUGAGAAUUGUACGACCGAGAUCAAUCUUCCUUGUGGUGUCGUUUACCGCUGUGUUAUGCGUCUAUUAUAUGAAUCCUUUGAAAAGACUGCUGACUUCAGAAAUUGAUCGUCUUAACUUUUUGAAGAUCACCGACUCAGGCCCUGCGUGGUGGAGGGGGGUCAUAUGUAAAGAAAAUGCGAACGAUACUUAUAUAAACAUUACUUUACCUGUGCUUUUCAGGGACAUAUUCCCUUUCCUGGAUAAAAACGUGUUCUUGGUCGAAAGUGCAUGCAAGUCCAACCCUGCUUACCGCGCCUGGUGUGCUGUUGAAAGCUACACGCGUGAGAAUCCGAACGCUCAUGUGUGGUAUGUGAUGACUUCGCCAAUAGUAAACAACACGGACAACCUGCCAGGUCGUCUGCUCGACCACUAUCCGAAUCUUCGCAUUGUUUCGGUUGACUUGGACUUGGUUUUCAAAGGCACUAUACUUGAAAAGUUUUUCCAGUCAGGAAGAUGGCAUAUGAAUACCCCUUGGCCAGUCAUACAGCUGAGUGACCUCCUGAGAGUCCUUCUAACGUGGCGGUUCGGAGGAUUUUACUCGGACACUGACACCGUCUGCAUAAAGGACCUUUCUCCUCUUAAGAACGUUGUCGUCACCAGUCACGAAAGGAGGAACCAUAUAUCCAACGGUGUGUUUCAUUUCAAGCACCAUCAUGAGUUCCUAACGAUGGUCAUGUCAACGAUGAUUCAGAUGUACCAUCCUAAAAAUUGGGGAUCAAUGGGUCCUUCUACUUUUGGCUCUUGCAUUCAGCGGUCUUGCAGUUUAAGGAACCUACGCUACCUGUUUCCCGAGAACAGCUCAGUCCCCGUCACGUGUGGUAAUGUCACCAUUCUACCGGAAUUUUACCUACUACCGUAUCCAUGGAACCAAUAUAGGACACUGUUUGAACCUGGAAAAUGGGACGAAUUUUUAAAAACCCAUGCGAAGACGUUUGCGAUCCACACGUUUGGCAAAGUUAAUAAAGGAAUGCUGGUGAAAAUCGGAUCCAACAGUAUAUAUGAGGGAGCAGCCAGGACUUUUUGCCCCCUCUCAUACUUCCACGCCAGUGCCAAUAAUUCUGCAUUUUGA